AUGUCCUACCAAUGGAACGUAGAAGUAUUUGCAGAGAUAUAUAAUGCAUUAAAAUUUCAACCAAAUGUGGAUAUUUCAACAAUAAAUUUUGAUCCAAUAUCAAAUGAUUUAUUACAAGUUUUAAAAACUUCACAACCAAAAAAUUCAAGAAUAAAAUUAGAUUCUACAAUUAAAUUUCAAAAUGGAGAUGAAGUAUUAUUAAAUGAAGCAUUUAUAGAAUUAAGUGGAAUUUUAUCUAUUGAAUUGGAUUUAGGUGAAGUUGAUACUGCAGAAUUAUUGUUUUUCAGUGAAGAUGUAAGUUUUAAAAAGGGUACAAGUUUAAAAGAUAGUGCCAAAUUACUGUAUUUUACAAGAUUUGAAUAUAUUUUAAAUAUAUUAGGAUACCUUAUAACAAAUCAUGAACUAACGCAUGAUCCCAUCACCAUUUUUAAUAAUUCAAUUGAAAGUUUUGAUAAAAUUAAUAAAUUAAUAAAUAUACUAAAUGAUUUAAUUGAUAAACAGAAAGUUACCGGAGAUAUAGAUAAUCUAGAAUUUAUAAAUGGAAUCAAUUAUGCAAGAAUUCAAUUGUUUAAAUGUCAUGAAUUAUUGGGUUUAGUUUUAUAUGGAUUAAGUGAUCAAUAUUUUGAAAAAAUAGGGACAGUACAAAAUUAUGAAAAAGUUAUUAAAAUAGUUAAAACAUUAUCAAAUGAUGAUAUAUUGAUUAUUCAUUUUUUACCAUUUGUUUUAAAUUUUUAUGAGAAAUCAAAAAAUUCGAAAGUUAUUGAAGAAUUGUAUACAUCAAUUACCAAAUCAAUACCUAAAGAUUCUAAACUGGAGACAUUUGAUUUAUCUAAAUCACAAUUACAUGGGUUUGAAAUAGUAGUAAAUUUUAUAUUUUUAACUGAAUUCAUUCCAUGGUGUAAAAAAAACAAAGAUUCAAGUUCAAAAAAAUAUGAUUUUCAAAAUGAUAUAAUAAAAUAUAUGGAACAAUUUAUAGGUAUUGGAGUAAUGGAAAUUUUACUUAAUUAUUGUGCUGAAACAAGUACUCCAAAAACUCAACAAAUUUUUGAAUUAUCAGAAACUUAUGAUUUUAGAUCAUUAUUACAAAAAACAAUUCCAAAAUUAAUUCCAUCAAAAUUUAUAUAUCCAGGUACUGAAGAAUUAAAACAUUUAGAAAAGCAAAGGUAUGGAAUAUCAAAUAUCCCUAAAUUAAUAGAUGUAUCAUUUUUAAGUUUAAAUCCUGAAUUAAAUAAUUCUUUAAUUUCACCUUAUUUUCAAAAUUUUUUUAGUACAUUUAUAUCAAAUGCAGCAAUAAUUUUAACAUCAUUACGAGAUAGUGAAGAAGAUUUUGCAUUAUCAUUUGGUGAUAAAAAUGAAGAAAUUAAUGAAGAAAACAAUGAUUCUGAAGAAUCUUUAAAAAAUAAUAAUGAACCAAUUCUGGAAUUUGAUGAAAUUGCUCAAAGAGCAGAUUUAGAAAGAUUUUAUUUAGCAUUUGCUUAUACUUUUAAUGAUAGACCUGAAUCAUGUUCUAAUUUUUGGUCAGAUGAAUCUAUAAAUAAUGAAGUUUUGGGUUUUUUAUCAUGGGCUUUAAAUAAUAAUACAUCACCAUUAAUUGUUGCUUGCUUUUGUGUGUUGUUAGCAUCAUUAACUUCUGGUGGAUCAACUUUUGCAACAAAUAUUUGGGAUUUUUUAAUAAGUAGUAGUCAUAAUUUAAAAAAGAAUGAUUUUUCCAAGAUAACAAUUGAUUCAAUUUAUGAAUCAUUAAAAUAUUAUAUUGAUUCAUUAAUUUCAAAUUUUGAAAUAGACUUAAAUGAUCAAUUAUCAGUACAUCAAAAGAAACAUGAAUUAGUAUUUGCUAAUAAAUCUUUAGAUAUUGAAGAUAAUGGACAGGAUAAAAUUAUUAUUGAAUUAGCUGAAGAUUCUAUAGUUUCAAUAUCUGGUUUUAUUCAUUUAAUAUCAUCAUUAAUGAAAAAUUUAUCUGAUUCAACAAGAGCAAAAGAAAUAAAAAAUAUAGCUUAUCAAAGAUUUAUUCCAUUAAUUAAAAAUUUUUUUGAAUUUGAUAAUUUAAUUACUGGAGGUAAUAUUUUACAAGUUGAUUUAAAUUCAAAUAAUUCAUCAACUUCAACUCAUUAUGUAAAUUUACCACAAAUUCAUGUUAGUGAUGAUUCAAGAUCUUUAUUAAUUAAUUUAAUGUUUAGAUUAUUAGGUAAUUUUGUUGAUGAAGAUUCAUAUAUAAGAUAUGAAAUUUGGAGAUUAAUUGAUAGUUGGAUGUAUCAUGGUCUUCAUAUAAAUUCAAUUCAACAAAAUGAUCUUUUUGGUAAACCAUCAGAUAAAAGGAAAUAUAUUAGAAAAAAACCUUUAGGUACAAUUGAAGUAUUUUCAAAUAAUUUAACUCAUUAUAGUGAAGUUUUCAAUUUUAUAGAUCUUAUCAAAUCAUUAUUAGAACCAUUGGGUAGUGGAAGUGCAUUUGAUAAAUAUACUUUAUCAUUUCCUUGUGAUUUAGGAUUUGGUUAUAGACCUAAUAAUCAAUUAGGUAUAGGUGCAUAUAUUGAAUUUAUAUUAGUUGAUGUUUUCAGUAAAUCUCAAUAUUUAACUAAUGAAGAUGAUAGAAUAGCAUUACAAAAUUUAAUAUUAGAAUUUUGUAUUGACUCAUUAACUGAAAUAAAUUGGAAAUUUUUAAGUGAAAUAAGUUUAAAAGUUAUAAGAAAUUUUAAUAAUUUUGAAAAUAUAUUUGAUUCAUUAAUACCUGGUUGUUCAAUAGAUUAUGAAAAUUUUGUAAAAUUACAUCAUUCAUUAGCUAUAAUAACUUAUUUUUUUGAUAAUAAAGCUAAUAAUUCAUUAUUUGAAAUUAUAAAUUAUGGAGUAGAUACAAUUAAUUCUUCUCAUAAAAAAGCAAAUUUAGUUUUUAAAGCAUUAAAUACAUUUGAUUUAUUAUUAGAUAUACAAGGAACUUAUAAAACCACACUAUUACCAAUUUUAAAGAGUAAAAAUAUUGCUCAACAACCAAUUCAUAGAAAUUCAAUAUCUGGAAUAAAUACUUCAAUGAAUUUAAUAUUAGCUCAACCAACAACAAUUUUUGAUAAUAUAUAUCAAUCCAAAUUAUUAAGAUCACAAGGAGUUAAUUCAUUUUUUGACGUGUUUUUAUUUAGAAUUUCAUCAAUUGUUCAUAUUGCAUUAUUUGUAAGUUGUGAUAAUGAAAUUUCAAAAUUUUCACUUAAAAUAUUAUCUAAAAUAACUAAUUCAAAUCAUUUUAAAUCAACUAAAACAAAAGCUGAUCCAUUAAUUAAUAAUGAUAGAAUAUUAACAACUUUUUUAAAUAUUGAUGAAAGUGAAAAAAUUAAAUUUGCAUUUAUUGAUAAAUUUGAAGAAGUUGAAGAUAAUUUUGAUAUUAAAUAUCAAAUUUUAAAACUUAUUUCAAGUACUUUGGGUAAAAAUAUAAGUGUGGGACAUUUCUUAUUAGGUUAUGAAAUUAAAGCAAAUACAUUAUAUUUAAAUAAUGAUGAUCAUAAUACUUUACUUAAAGUAUUGUUAAAUACUUUAGAUAUAAGUUUGAAUUUAAUUACAGAAUUAGAUUAUGGAAAUGGAAAUCGUCAUGUAAUUGAUGUUGGUCCUGCUAAAUUAUCAUCAUUAAUUUUAGAAGUGAUUAUUAAAAUUUGUACAAAUCCUGUAUCUUCUUAUAUAACAAUGACAGCAAUUCGAAAUCAUAAUAAUUUAAUUGAAAAUUUGAUAAAUUUUCAACCUAGAUUAGACUUAUUAACUAUUUGGUGUGGUCAUGAAUUUAAUGGAGAUUUAAGUAUAAAUUCAGAAAAUCAUUUUAUAACUUCUUUACCAAGUAUUGAAGCCUUCAUAUCAUUCAUAAAUCAAAGAGAAUUAGCAUUGAAAUUAAUAGCCUUGGAAUACUAUAGUACAUCAUCAAUUACUAGAAAACAAUAUUUCACAAAACUUUUAAUCGAUAACAAGAAUCAAAUACCUCAUCAAUCUUCAAAAAUCUUAGAUUUUUUAGAUGUUUUAAAUUUUAAUUUUAAAAAUUUUGAAAUUGAAAAAUACGAUUAUUUAAAUCAAUCAUUUAAUAUGAAUUUAAUCUUACAAUUAGUAUCUAAUGAUCCAAUAGAUUAUUCAAUUUUAAAAGAUAUUUUUAAAAUUUUAUGUCAAAGUUCUAAUUUAAUAACAACAGAAUCAAAACAACAUUUUACAGAUGAAAUUAUGAUUGAAGGAAAUAAAAUUCAUGAAUUUGUAACAAAAUAUUUAGUAUUGAAUAAAACUCGUAAAGUUCAAUUACAAUUUUUAAUAUCAUGGUGUCAAUUAAUUGAAAUAUUAGUGGUUGAAGAUGAUUCAAUUUCAAAUGAAUUUAUUGUUGAAAUUUUAAAUUCUAUUUUACCUAAAAUUUCAUCAUAUUUGGAUUCUGAUAUAACUUUUUCAGAAGAAUUAGUAUCAUUAUGUGGGACAUUGUUUGAUAUCUACUGCGAACAUGUACUGAAUAAAGAAGAUAUUGAGUUAAUUUUUGAUCAAUUAUUACCAUUAUUUCAAACUUGUGUGUCAGCAGUCAUUAAUUCAAGCUCAACUCCAACUUUAAGAUCUGAAAUCUAUCUAAUUUUGAAUAAGUUAAUUUUCAAAAAUGAAUCAUUAUCAUACAGAAUUUUCAAACUUGUUAAAUCGAGUAAUAAAAAACUUUUCCCAGUUUUGGCAAAUGAUGCAUUAUAUUCAGAAGAUCUUUCAAGAAUCAAUUCAGUAUUUUUAUUGGAUUCAUUGAUCAAAGUAGGUAACAAUUUAAAAACAGAUUAUAUCUUGGAUAAUAUGAUUAAAACAAAUUUAAUAUCACAAUUAAUAAGAUCAAUAAGAAGAACAGAUGAAAUUUUAAAAAUUGCAUCUAUAAAUGUUCCACAACCAGAAUAUUCAUUAAACAAUAUAUUUAUUGAAUUAACAUCAUUUAAAGCUAAUUUAUAUUUAUUAAAUAAAAUUGCACAAUCUCAAAUUGGUUCAUUAAAUUUAAUUCAAAAUGAAAUUUUUCAAAUUUUUAAAAAUUUAAAUCUUUUGAAAAUUGAUCCUGAUUUAGGUCUUACAUUAUAUUUAAAUGAAAUUGAAAAUUUUAAAAAAUUUAAUAUAAUAUUAUAUUUAAAUACUCCAUUAUCAUUAGUUGAUUUAAUAAAUCAAAAAAAUAAUACUAAAGAUAAUAACAACACUUUUAAAAAUCAAAAUUCAAUUUCAUUUAAUGAAUUAAUUAUUCCAAUUUUUGAAUUAAUUGUAACAAUAUUGUUGUCAAUGGGUCAAAAUUAUAAACCAUCAAUUAAUCAAUCUAAAGAAUUUAUGAAAAAAAUUGAACCAUUAGUUGAUAGUGUUUUAAAAAGAGAAUAUUUAUUAAGUUGUGAUAAUGAAAUAAAGAAUGAUUUAUCGAAAGAAAAAUCAGGUAAUAAUGCUAAUGAGAUUGUUUUAUUGAGUAAAUUGGUUGAUUUAUUUACAAUUAUUCAUUCAUUGACUGAAUGA